AUGCAUCUACCUGGAAAAUAAUUGGAUAUGACAAAAUUUAUUCUGUGUUUGAAUUAUUGGAUAAAAAUUUACAAGAUAAAGUUUUGAAUGCUUUGGGACAACGAAUUUUAAAAGCAGGUAUUGAGGAUGUUCAUUUUGAAUUGAAAUAUUCUACGAAUCAAAUUUCUCCAUAUAUUCAUAGUUUGUCACCUUAUAUAAUGGAAAUUGGAAAUAUACAUAAUUAUCAAAUUUUUGCAUCAAUAAUGAGCAAAAGUGAUAAAAAUUUGUUUUCUGUUCAUAUAGAUUAUGUGAACAAAGAUAAAAAUACCCCAGUAAUUGUUGUUCACAAUAUUAAAAGGGAAAAUUCCAGUUCUACAACUUGUAUAAUUAAACUAGGAUGGAUUAUUGUUGGUCCACUUACAAACUUCGAUUUUAAUGUCCAAUAUCCGUUAGUAUUUAGAAGUAUGAAACAAAUGGUAUCGGUAAAAAAGAAUCAUUGGACCGUAAAAAUUAAUAAUUACAAAAAUUGCAUUUUGGGCAUUUGCGCAUUAGAAGCUGAUUCUCAAUCAAGCUCUUUAAGCAACAUUGAUUUCACGAAAAAAGAAAAUUCACAUCUAAACCCAGUAAGGAUUGUGGGUUCUACAGAAUCUACAGAGAUCAUUCCAUAUGACAUAGAAUAUGAUCCAAAAACAACGGAAGUUAUUGUUGGUACACAUUUCUCAACUUAUAAAGAAUCAGCGUGCUUGUUUGUUUAUAAUCUUCAAGAUUCAGGCAGACCUAUUGACGAAACUGUGCUGCAAAACUUAGCGUUAUACACAUGUGUUGUCGACGUUGAUAAUCAUGAAGAAUUCAAAGUUGGUCAAAAGUCUGUUAAAUGGAAAAUUUCUGAGCAGGAAAAAAUAUCAUACGCUAAAAUUGAACCUAGAAUAUUAUCGAACGAUUAUUUGAUGUUAGUAAGCCAACUUUUUAAGAAUUGUCCAGAUUGUAAACAUGGAUUUGUUAACGUCAAUUCCAAUACUGGACAAAUUAUUUAUAAAGCGGUAGAUUCAGAACUUUUGGAUUCUGUCGAAAAUAUCGCAUAUCUUUUAGUUUAUUCUGGAAACAAAAUCUAG